AUGCAAGAUAGUUUCGCCUCUUUUAAACACCAAUCAGGCCAAAACAUGAUGAACAGUAGUACAAUGGAUAGUCAAUCUAUUGUUGGUCAAUCCACUCAAUUCUCUUUCGAAUUGGAAUCAGGAACAGACCAACAACCUGAUUUGAUAUCUUCCUUCAAUGAAAAGAUAACUGGACAUCUUACAGACCUUCAAUCAAAUUCGAGUUAUAAUGGUUGGAAAUCUAUGAUAUUGUAUGGAGCCAUCAAUUUAUAUUAUUGGUACCUGUUGAUAGUGUUACCUUUGGUUCCAACAUUUUCUCAGGAAAUUUUGAAUCCGAAUACAACAACCUCUCCAUUUGGAUAUUAUGGAUCUUGGAUAUUUAGAGGUAUGGCCUUCCCUCUGACUUUGGGAUUAGACUUACUACCAUACGAUGGAUUUGUGGGUGUUGGAAUAGUUGUGCUUUUGGUUACCUUUUUCCUCACAUGUUUACAUUUACAAAAUCUUACACCUAAACGAAAUGCUAAACUUCAAGAGAUACUAUCAAAGAUAUUGGGAAUUGCUACACACACCUUCCUGUUUAUUGGCCCAGCCAUGAUGUAUGCUCUGACAAACUUUACCGAUUGUCGAUCCACAACUGAGGAUGGAGUUUUGUCUUUCAUGUUGAGUAGAGAUAGUUCAGCUGAAUGUGUGGCUGGUACAAAUAUCAUCUUUAUGGUCUUGGCAUGUAUUGCUCUAAUAUUUCUAGAGAUGGUUAUGUUUUUCUCUGGUUUCGUAUAUCCAAUCUUUUCGAGCACUGGUACUAUUGCCUUCCUUCCACAAGAUAACACUCCUGUAGCUUUGGUGUUUGCCUCUGUGGGACUAAGAAUAAUGACUUCUUUCUCAAUUCCAUCCAAUUAUUUGUAUGGUAGAGCUGUCUGUCAUAUUGUCAUUGGUAUUAUUCCUUUAAUUGUUAUGUUUUAUCAAGUUCCUUUUGUACGAAUGAUUGAGAAUGCAAUUUAUACGGGAAUUUUAGGUGCCUCUAUUGGAUCUGCUGUAGGAGUAUUGGUUAGCACGUUUGUGAGCUCGGGAACUGAUAUUGGCAUGUCUUUGGGUAUGCUAGGUAUGACAGUUGGUUGUUCUCUCCUUUUUGGAUUGCUUUGCUCUUUAAUCAUGUUCUUUUACUUGGUUGUGACUGUCAAGAGAGUGAGAAAUUUCCUUAAAUCCAUUGAUGAAGAUAUUCAAAUUAUCACUCCUCUCAUUGAGAACACUCUAGGGUUAAGAAAUAUGGAAAUAUUCUUCAGAUUAUCCCUCAGAAAACGAUUUAGUCCUGAUUUUAAUGAAGAUGAUGAGAACCUGGAAGAUUUUCCUCGCUGCCUUAUCUACGCAAAGAGAGAAGCAAUGAAUAAGAGCUUUAUAAAUACAGGAAUGCUAUUUCUCUGCGCGACUGCAAUCAGCAAGGUGAGGGACAUUCAAUCUCUUUCUCUCACACUCUUCAAAAAGGCAUUGAAAUCUUCAAAGAAUCCUUUCACGAACUACUUAAUUACCACUCACAUGAAAAUUAUAGAAUUAGGUGUCACUGAUGCUAUUUCCCUCAAAUCAUCUCUUUCAGUCUUGGAGAAAAAGAGAGUCGAGCUCAAGGCCAUUCACAAAAUGUUUUUCAAAGAAUUUACUAAUGAAAUACCAAACAAGGACAAGAUUGAAAACUUUGUAACAAUGGCCAAUGAUAUUGUCCAAUAUUGUGAUCAAACCUUUUCUGUUUUACUUUCAAGAGGUAGGGAUAAAACAAUACUCAGAUAUUAUGCCAACUAUAUUGAAACUGUCAAGAUGGAUAAAGAUGCUGCCUCUGCUCUUAUUGACGAAGCUAAUUUAUUGGAAGAAGAAGAUGUAAGAGGAGUUAUAAGAAAGGGAAGACACAAGACGAAUAGAGUUCUUCCUACCGAUAAAAAAAUGACUUUUAUUGAGGAAAUGUCCCAAACCGGAGAAGAAGAUUUUCUUGGACUUGAUACUAGACAAGCAACAGAAAAAAAGCAGGCCAUUUAUAGAAAUGCUCUUGCUGUACCAUACAAAUCUAAUUGGAGAUACUUAAUGUUGGUUAUAUUGUCUGUAUUGGCUGUGGGUACGCUUUCGGCAACUUUAGGAUUGGGUCUGUUCAAUAGUAUUAGAGCAACAGAGACAAAUCUAGUUAUUCAAAGUUGUUUGCCAAUGCUUGUGCCUGAGGGAUUAUUGAGAUAUGUCAGAAUGAGACAAAUCAUGCUCGAACUAUUUACAAAUCAAAGAAUUUCAUUACCAGCUGUUGGCAGUGUUAAUAGAGCCAAUGUUGACAACUAUCUUUCCUAUUUUGAAAAUAAGAUUGCCACAAAGAGAGAUAACCUUUUAUCAUUGGCUGAAAACUCUAGGUCUCACAGGUUCACAGAUAGCAUGUACAAGGAUUAUACACAAAGAAAGGAAGUUUAUAUUCCUGUUCCUUCUAAAAACGGAUCUCUAACCUACUUGGAAAACUAUAUGAAAAAUGUGUCAAUGAGUGAAAUUACGCUCGAGUUUGCAAAGCAUGCCAAUUAUUUUAGUGAAUUUUCGGUUGAAGCUUUCAAUACCACAAGUUCUAGCUUUACUUUUAUGUUUGUCUUCUUUAACAGAGUUCAAGCAGCACAAGGUUUCAGAUCAUUUUGUCAAUCAUUCCAACAAAGUGAAACAACUUACAUUGAUGAGAAUGAUAAGGCCUUAUGGACCUACAUUCUAGUUUCAGGUUCUAUUUCUUGUAUUUAUAUUUUAUUGUAUAGCAUUAUAUCAAGAUUGGAAAUGGAAAGAUUGUCAAGAAUCAUUAAGCUAUAUAAGAAGAUUCCAAAAGAUACAAUUGGUGUAAUCUAUCACAAUUUAGAUAAGACCUGUCCAGAUCAUAACUCUAAAUCUGGCAGAACCUUCUUGUCUAAACCAAAGAAUUUAGCAAUCAUGUUACCAGUAGUUUUGUUGAUUUUAUAUAGUGCUACUGCAGCUCUAAUUUACUUUGAAAGUUCAAUGAAUAUUGCAAAUUCAAAAGAUGCCAUUACCUCUGUUGAUAACUUGGCUGUACUUACAAGAUUUACAGUCAAGUUGAGCACUAAGUUGGGAGAAAUGUUUGCUUUCUUUAGUGUACCUCAUGGAAGACCUGUUAACGCUGCUGUUACUUUUGAUCAGGUUGAGCUGUACAGAAAUGAAGUUAGAGAUUUUGCCACCAUUGUUCAAGAUUCAUACGAUUCAUUCAUUGAAACCUAUACUAGAGGCAGUAGUGGUGGAGUGGUUGGUAAAUAUCCAGCUAUUGAUGAACUAGUUGGUGGACCUGCAAAUUGUACUGGUGAUAGAAACUGUUCAUUACAAGCAAUGUUAUCGAGCUACGUCUCACAAGUUACUACCAUGGCUGAGGAAUAUUUCAAUCCACUCUUUUCUGCCCAAGUAGAACCAACAUUUUACAAAUAUUUGUCACUCUAUAAUAUGAAUGAGGAAAUUUAUGAUAGAGUAAUGAAGAUUCUAGAUUUACUCGAAAAGCACACCUCAGAGUCCUCUAAAGUUAUCUCAAUUGUAACAUUUGCUGUAUUUUUCCUCUUUCUAUUUUUGGUUUCCUUCUUGCUGUACAGAUCUGCUCAAGUGUACGAUGAUGAAAUUACCACAAUUCGUUCCCUGUUGAGCUACUUACCACUUGAUUAUUUGGAAUCUAAUGAACAAAUUAAGAAUUUUAUAUUCUUCAAUGGUUUCAAAUCAGAAAAGGUUGCUAAAAAAGAAGAAGAUGAAAAUUCAAUGAACAACUUACUUGAUUCUAUGGUAGAUGGUGCAUUCUUAUCCAAUGAGAGAGGUGAAGUUGUGCUUUUCAAUAAGGCUGCUCAAAAGAAACAAAAAGCUCUAUUAGCAGAAGAAAAGAAGAACUCUGAAGCAUUAUUGAGAAAUAUUCUACCUGAGGCAGUUGCCAGUAAAUUGAAAUCAGGAGAUACCUUCAUUGCUGAAAGAUUUACUGAUGUGACUUGUUUCUUCUCUGAUAUGGUCGGAUUUACAAGUUUAUCUUCCAAUAUGAAUCCUUCUGAUUUAGUGUUAAUGUUGAAUGAAAUUGUAAAUGGUUUUGAUGACUUGACUGACAAGUACACUUUAGAAAAGAUUAAAACUAUUGGAGAUGCUUAUUUCUGUGUGGGUGGACUUCAUAACAACUCUCAAUCAGAUCACCCUGAACGUGUUCUCAGAUUUUCCAUCGAUUGCCUUGAUGUUAUCAAGAUUCACAAUGAAAAUCAUCCAGAUAGCCGUAUCAAUAUCAGAUUGGGAAUUAACACUGGUAGUGUAGUUGCUGGUGUGAUCGGAAAGAAAAAGUUUGCCUACGAUUUGUGGGGUGAUACAAUCAAUAUGGCUUCCAGAAUGGAAUCUACCUCACUAGCAGGAAGAAUUCACAUAUCACGAUCAACCUAUGAACGAGUUCAUGAUUUAGGUUUGGAAUUUGAGGAAAGACAAGUUGAAGUGAAAGGAAAGGGUCUUUGCCAAACCUAUCUCUUACUUGCAAAAUAUCAUGCUGAUCCGCUUGCUGAAUCCUUUGUCAAUCAUCACUUAAUGGACGCUGUUGAACCAAUGGAUGAUGACAAUGUCAACCAAGACCAUGAUUAA